CUUCGUCCAAUACUCGAUUUUCUAGCUUAUUUGAUGCAACUAUUGUAAUUAGUAAUUGAAUUCCAUGUUCAUUCUGUUUCUUUGCUCUUAUGGCCACUAGACGGCCUCAUAAGAAGUCGCGGAAGGGAUGCACCGCCUGCAAACUGAAGCACCUCAAGUGUGAUGAACGUCAUCCCAAAUGUGGGAACUGUCAAGAUCGCUGGAUAACCUGCACGUAUCUGUGGAAGCAAAAUCCACCACCUUCCACCUCCACGAGAGAGAGUUCACAGCAGAUAUCUGGUACUCAUUCCCAAGCCAUCGUAUCAUCACCUGGUGCCCCCUUAUCACCAUUUCACAUGCCACAAGCAUAUAACAUUGAAGCCCUCAGACUUCUUCACCACUACACGGUCAAUGUUUAUGACUCUCUCAGCACUAUUAUUCCACAGCAGAAAGUAUGGCAGACAUACGUCGUACAGUUAGCCACGCGAAACGGCUUCCUUCUUCGCGGGAUUCUUUCUCUAUCUGCUUUACAUAUUGCCCUUGAUGGCUGCGAUAACCCUCAAAUUAUGGUGGCCGAGGCUGCCCACCACCAAAAUGCGGCACUAGUAGAGUACCGGCGUCUCAUAAACACCGGCGACAUUUCGCCAGAAAGUCAACGCGCCGCCUUCUUGUUCUCAGCUUUUCUGGCCAUGUGUGGAUUCUGCUUUAUUCGCGCAGAUGGGAACUUACUCGAGUCAAAUAAGGGCGAUCGCGGCAUUGAUGAGUUCUUGGCUUGCGCCAACUUGGUCAGGGGCAUGGUUGGCUUGCAUAGUCUGUGGGAGGAAAACAUCUACUGUGAUGGACUCUACGCUGCUAUUCGGAGUGGUCCGCCUACAAAUUUAUACCCCGACAUUGGUGGCGACGUCAUUACGGAGCUGCGUGCUCUAUCCGAUCUUCUUACUCGAUGCGAGGCCGAAACAUGCACGAAAACAUCUAAGGUUUGCCAAGAUGCCGUUCAACAGCUUUUUUAUUCAUUCGAGAUGAUCAGGAAGAUAACGGUAGACAGAGGCUCAACAUCGCCAAUCACAGCUGGACUCAUGUGGCCUGCUGCAGUCCCCAAAGACUAUCUAAUUCUUCUGAAUCAACGAAACCCGCUCGCCGUCCUUAUUCUUGCUUAUUUUGGAGUUUUAUUGCGUCGGCUCGACUCGUUCUGGUUCUUCCGGGGGUGGGGAAAGCAUCUGGUCGAGACAAGCGCAUACAUCCUGGGCGAUUCGUACGCUGAUCUACUUGCCUUCCCAAAAGCGUCGGUGAGGCUAUUUGAUGUUGAUAAUCUGUGCAACCUCGGACAAACUCCAAAGUCCAGCCUUUAAGCAAGGGUCAAAGUUCAAAUGGCCAUACGGGGUCAGCUUUCUCCAAGAUAAUUUUUUGGACAUUAUACAAUAGAACCUGGUUAUACUGAUUCGAAAAAUUCGAUCGACAAAUAUCGAUAUAUCAAGUUUAUUGAUAUAUCUAGGUAUAUAUGUGGCUAAUCCAGUCUUAUAUGUGAAUGAUUCAGUCUGGUAGUCCCGGAUUUUUUCUUUUCUAUUAAAUUGGUUAGGUGAUAAAAGCCUUUCAGAUUUCAUUAAUUAUUUUUAUCAUCAAGAUUAUAUCAAUA